CGUUGAGCAAAGGAAAACGUGGAUUAUUUAUUUGUGGAAUUGGCUACGUGGUAUAAUACAGAACCCAAGAAUUCUUGAUCUAGAAGAAAAACAAUUUUCAAGAUGAGAGUGAAAGAGAUUGAGCGGACGGCCAAUGUAGCAUGGUCGCCUGCUGCACAGUACCCAAUCUAUAUAGUUGCUGGAACAGCGGCACAACAACUUGAUGCCACAUUCAGCACAUCAGCAGCUUUGGAGGUGUAUAGCCUGAAUUUGGUAGAUUCAACUCUCAAUAUGCCACUGGUCUCUACUAUCCCAUCAGACUGCAGAUUUCACAAGCUUGUGUGGGGCUCCCAUGGGAUGUCUGCAGAAGCUGAUGGUGCAGGGUUUAUUGUUGGCGGAACAGACAAUGGAGGCGUGUACUGUUACAGUGCCAGCAAGAUGAUUAGAGGGGACAAGGAUUGCCUUCAAUUUAAACAGGACAAACACACUGGUGCUGUUAAGGCUCUUGACUUCAACCCUUUUCAGACAAACUUGUUAGCAACUGGUGCCUCUGAUUCUGAGAUUCACAUUUGGGACCUGAACAAACCUGAUAGCCCAAUGACACCUGGGGCUAAAUCACAGCCCCCGGAGGAGGUAGCAUGUGUAGCAUGGAAUCAGCAAGUCCAGCACAUCUUGGCCUCCACCUUCACUGCCCGCUGUGUUGUCUGGGAUCUCCGUAAAAAUGAGCCCAUCAUAAAGAUCAGUGAAAGCAUGUCACGGAUGAAGAGUAAGUCUGUAGCUUGGCAUCCGGAGGUUGCAACUCAAUUGUGUCUGGCUUCUGAAGAUGAUCAUACACCAGUUAUACAGCUCUGGGACCUCCGCUAUGCUACAUCUCCAGUGAAAGUCUUGGAGAACCACAAACGGGGUGUGUUAGAUAUUGCAUGGUGUGCCCAGGACUCUGACUUACUACUCAGCUGUGGAAAGGACAAUAGAAUUCUAUGUUGGAACCCUAAUAGCAGCAAACAAGAUGGAGAGGUUGUAUAUGAGGUACCAACAAGUACUCAGUGGAGUUUUGACGUCCAGUGGUGUCCUAGAAAUCCUGGCAUUAUCUCCAGUUCAUCAUUUGAUGGUCAUGUAACAAUGUACUCCUUAAUGGGUGGAGGUCAUCCAGUACAUCAAUGUAACAAGGUUGCAGAUUCUUUCAAUACCAAUGACCCAUUUGCACAAGGGGCUGCCAGUCAAGCCUCUCAACAAGGCGAUGUGAUGCCAUUGCAAAAACCACCAAAGUGGCUACGGAGACCUUGUGGGGCAUCCUUUGCUUUUGGAGGCAAAUUGGUAUCAUUUGAGGGAGGUAAAUCCCUGCCAUCAUCACAACAGCCAUCGCCACCAAGAGAAGUAUUCAUUAGUCAGGUUGUCACAGAAACUGACCUGAUAACAUCCUCAUCUCAGCUAGAGCAGGCACUGAUGAAUGGCCAGUAUGUUGAGUUUUGUGCCAUGAAAGCAGCCAACUGUCAAGAUGCAAUGCAAGAGAGUAUUUGGAACUUUUUAAGGGUGAACUUUGAAAAGGAACCACGAGAACACUAUAUACAGUUGCUGGGAUAUGACAAAACAGAUCUGGCCAAAAAGGUUGCAAAACACGCAUCAGGAGAUGAUUCAGUCGUUGGUCAAGGCGUUGAUGCCACAGAGUUGGCACAGAAAAUGUCUCUACUGGACACAUCUGACCUACAAAGAGGCAUGUCAGGUUCUGGACAGGCUUCACCUAGUGUUGGUUCUAAGACACCUGGCAGUGUGGAUGAGUUAUCUGCCUUUGAUGACAUAGCAGCACAGCAGAAAGCAAAGGACCGACCGCAGUCACCUCUUAAUAUACCUACAGAUGCAGAUGCUGAUGGUUUGCUGAGUCAAGCAUUACUUAUGGGGAACUUUGAGGCAGCCGUGGAUAUUUGUCUGAGUGAGGACAAGAUGGCUGAAGCAAUCCUCCUAGCUAUUGCAGGUGGUCCAGACCUUCUCAGUCGUACACAGAAAACAUACUUCACAAAAAACAAAAGCAGUUUAGGCCGGUUGAUAUCCACAGUGGUUACACACAACUGGUCACAUAUUGUGCAGACUUGUAACCUUGACAACUGGAAAGAGGCAUUAGCUCUCAUACUCACUUAUGCAUCACAAGACGAGUUUGUUUCUUUAUGUGACACACUUGCAACUCGCUUGGAAUCGGAGAGAGCUGGCAACUUAUCGAUGUAUGCUAGUCUUUGUUAUAUUUGCUCUGGAAAUGUGGACAAACUAGUAGAGAACUGGCAACGCAACACACAUGCUAACAAUACUCCAAUGGGCCUCCAGGACUUGGUAGAGAAAGUAAUGGUUCUUAGAAAGGCUGUGGCUUUAUCACGUGGUCAAGAGGAAGAAGUGACCAGCGGUCUCCUAGCCAAUAAACUGAAUGGUUAUGCCAGUCUACUUGCUGCACAAGGAAGCAUGGACACUGCCAUGAGAUACCUUGGUAACUCAGCUGAGGUAAAUUUGGCCAUACUGAAGGAUCGUUUGUUCCAUGCGUUGGGACAGAGUAGCUAUGGUGUCCAAGCCCCUCCUUUCCCAUUCAAAAAGAUCAAUUUGAUACCACAAGGAGUUACUCCUGUACAGAACCCCACCCAAAGGACAGCCUCAAAUGCACCAUCACAGGCAUCUGGGAUGUACCAGACCCAGGCUGGUGCAACUUUCAACACCAAUACAACAGGCAGCAAAAGCUAUACAGCCCCUAAUCAGUACCCAACAUCUCCUUAUGGUACAAUGAAUGGUCAAGCUUCCACGAAUACCGCUCAGGGUCAAGGGCAGACCUAUAGUGGACAAUUCUACAACCCUAACUCAAUGACAUCAACAACUGGAUCAAAUGCAGCAUCUGGGGCCAGUGCACCAUCUAAAGGACUGCUGUCACACAAAUACCCAUCAUAUCCUCAGCCAGUACCUAGCUAUGACUCCUCUCAACAAUAUGGAGGCUAUGGCCAACAGUUAUAUCAGCCAGGUUACCCUAACCAGUCCAUGCCAUCAAAUGUUCCUUACUAUGGAGACUCGGGGGUGAACCCAGCUGGCUCACAAAUGACUUCAUCGCAGCCUUCCAACAUCUACAACCCAUCUAGCAACACCAUGACAAGUACUCCUCAACAUGCUGGAGCCAGUAGUACUCUACCCAGUCAGUCCUCCUUCAUGGACCACAAACCUGCAACUGCCUGGAAUGACCCACCAUUGGUGAAGGACAGGAAACCAAAGCAAGCAGAAAGCCACAGUCAGGCACCACUUACCUCCCCAUUAUAUGGUGUCACACCCGAGUCCAACAACCAGCAGGCCAUGCCCACAGACCAAGGACCCCCAGGGGCACCCAUGAAUUACUCCAACUUAUACAACCCACAGGAGCAUCAAAGAGAGGUUCAGGCUCCUCCUUCAAGUGCUAGUGUUCCAGAGCCAGUGCAGCCAGUUGCUAAACAACCAAUUCCCUCAGAACACCAGGUGUUGCAGGACAUAUUUGGUUCUCUAGUCAAAAACUGUUCUUCUGUUGCUUCUAAUGCUCCAAUGAAGAGGAAGCUAGAAGAUGUUAACAAAAAACUAGAAAUACUUUAUGACAGAUUACGUAAUGAGAUGUUAUCACAGAAUGUAUUACUUGGACUGCACCAGAUCGUCCAGGCAAUACAACAGUAUGACUACAAUGCUGGCAUUCAAGUAUAUACCCAGAUGGUCAGUCAGGGAAACUUCUCUGAAAUCAGUAGCUUUAUGCCGGGACUCAAAAUGUUGCUUCAGUCAGCCAUGCAGAUGCAGGUGUACGUGCACACUCAAUGAUAAAGAUUGUGCAUAGACAUUGAAAAAAUUGACACUUAUGAAUAUAGAAUGAUAUUGGCAAUUAUAAUAAGCCGGACUCAAGGAUAUGUGUGAUGUUUAGAAAUGAUUUUUGUUCAUGAGGAAAAAUAGACAGUUAUUGAAUUUUAUAACAUUCUAUAGAAUAUAUUGGUAUUUGCUAAAAGAAUGUGCUUCUUAUCCAUUUCAGAGAGAACAGUUUCCUUAAAGUUACCAAAAUAGCUGAGUAAUAGUAUUAAUGGCAACAAUACUUAAUCAUUUAACUUUACUUUCUCUCAUAUGAAACAUGUUUUCAUCAAAAUAUUGUUUUGUGAAAUUUUUGAAAUUAAGUUUUAUAAAAUCAACAUUUGCUACAAGGUAUCAAAAUAAUUUUCAGUAAUAUAUAAAGUAUAUCAGUUAUUAAAAAGAUAGGGAAAAAAUUAAUAAAUGAUUUUAGCACAAGUGUUAUCAAACAGAUUGAAAACUGGCACACUCCAUCUGACAGUCUGACUAUACACAUACCUACAACUGUCUUCAUUUUAAAUGCAAGUACCUCUGAGUGUGGUGUGUUGUAUUCUGAAAUUAAGACCCACAUUGCACACAUCAGAUAUUUAUGCCCCUCAGCACUUCUGGCAAUGUCCAGGACAUUUUUUUUCUGAUUUGUUACCUACAAUAGGUACAUAACGUAUUCAAUAUAUACUACACAAGCUCAUUGUAUUGUUCAGACAUCUGAUCCUGUGCCCCGAUGUGAAUACCACAAACUAAUGAUUCACAAUUAAAGCAGGUCUGAGUUUGCUAAUGGCAUACAGAGUGAAAUAGCUGUUUGUUACAUUGUGUGGUACUGUUCUGUGGCAGGAUCUAUAAUUGUGUAUUGGUGGUUAAAAAUUAGAUCCUUAAUGUUGUGACUGAAUAAUAAAGUAAACAGUAAAUGAUUUAGGUUGUAAUUCUGAUUUCAAAUGAAAAUUGUUAUCAAUCAACUCAUAAGUAUCAGAUAAGGAUAUGCACUCUGCUGCUAUAUCAGGAGAGUCCUUCAAAACCACUAAUAUAUUAAUCAUUUUGCUUAUUUUUUGACACUAUUUUUUAUUCCAAUAUUACUUCAUGAAACUUUGGCUAUUUCAAAUCACACAUACUUCACAUAUAUAACAUUUUGGAAUGGGUCAUCCACUUUUAUUGCUGGUAAUUAUUCUACAGUAUUAUACUUGUUUUCCGCUGUAAAUCCUAAUUUAUUAAGAUCAUAUUUGUUUACAUUUUGUUUCUAUGAUGUUAAUGACAUAUAGGAUAUUAAAUGAGAAUCUUUUUAUCAAUGAUUUGUAUCAAGCAUGCUGGGGAAUUUUCAUUUUAACCAAAAGAAAAGAAAUUUCUUGCUGAAAUUUUUGAAGGUUUUUCAUACAACUUCAUCAUUUCAUAUUUACUACAAAGUGCUUUAACUAUGAAUUUAUAAUGAUCUUUCUUAGACUAGAAUUACAUUAUAUGUAAAAAUAAAUAAGGUUGAUACACAAUGUUCUAUGUGUGAUGGCCAGGAGAUGUGAUACACAUAUGUGUUCACUGUAUACACAUUACAGUCUAUGAAACAUUUUCUAGCUUUACAUACAUGAUGAAUGCAGUGUAUUUAGUAUUGGAAUAAAAAAGGCAUACUAAACUAUAUUUUGUACCAGUAAAAUACUACCAAGCAAGACAAUGUGACAGAAUAGGUUUUAAAUAAUACUUAUGGAGGCAAUUUUACAUACAGGUUAAAGGAUAAGUAUAUUUUUAAAGCAUUAACUGGUGAAUAUAAGACUAUAUUUGUUGAAGUGAUUAUUCAUUUUUUCUUCUGAGAAAAUGGAGCUUUUGGUUCCAAAUGAAAUUAAUGACAUAAUAAAAUUUUUAAGAUAAAUUUUGUUAAGUAUUGGGAAAUUCUUUGACAUAUUUCAUUAAAAAAUAGGUAUAUAUGAAAUAGGUCUAAGGAAUUAUGAUAAUUUUCCAGUUGUAUGUUACAUGUUCUUUAAAGAAUAGUGCAACUGAAUAUGAUCUCCAAACCCCAUGCUAGCUAUCUGAAAAUAUAGAUUUUCAACAAUUGCAAGUAAGUAAUGAUCUUUAAUGACAAUACAUGAUAUUAUUUAAAUAUACUGCAUGCAUAAUACUUGAUUGAAAUGAAGAAGUGAAAUUGAAGCAAAGAUUGAUUCUGUUGAUGAUUGAUUAAAAAACAGUAUAAUUGUCAGUAUUUUGUAUACAGUUGUACAUAGUAAGUUAUAUCAUUAUGACUGCCAGUAUGUAAUCGCUCUGCUUCAUUAGAUAGGAUAGUUAGUAAGAAAUAGUUGUUGCAUUAAGAAUGUUCCUUGUGAGAAUAUGUGUUUGUUAAUAUUGUCCAUUGGGGCCAUUGCUUUUAUGAGGUUGAAGUUUUUUGUUCAGCGGUAAUUCAUGGGUUAAGUCAUUAACUAUAUUCUUUUAAAUGGCAAAAUGUUAUAGUUGUGAUUAUUUUCUUAUUGAUUGAAUUAUUGGAAAUUUUUAUUAAUAUUUUCUUCUUUCAAAAUUUAUUUAAUUGGAGUGGUUUUUUCUAUACACUUGCACCAGAUUUGGAUCUUGAUCAUCCCGGCCAUUAUGAUCCAACCACAUAAAAGCUAGCUUCCCCAGAUGAAUAUGCUGUGUGAGAAAGUACCUUAUUGUGUUACAUUUAUGUAGUACCUAGCGGUACAGAAAUUACAUGUGAUAUGUAUGCCUGUCAAACUGAAUGAGGAAAUAUAAUUAUGAUAUCAUCAGAC